AUGGCUUCGUUAAUAUUUUUGUUUCCUGCUUCUGGCGUGGUAGUGAACGCAUUUCUUUUCUUUCGAAUGUUCAAAUCUUGGAACAUCAGUGCGUCCAGAGGCUUAAAAAACGUGAUUUCCUUCCUGUUGUUUCUGAACAUCUGCAACAUCAUUACUCACGUGGCCAUGGUUGUCUCAAAGCGCCAGGUCUGGAUGGCUCUUGCCACAACAUUCUCAUUCCAGACGAUAUAUUUCUUCGCAGCCGUCGAACUUGCCUCAACUCUCGGGAGCUUUUUAGAACGCAAACUUAACUCGUUUCUGAAUAUUGCUACUUUGUUUUUCAUCUCAGGCGGUUUGUCAAAGGUCUUUGGGCGCACGUACGAACUUUGUGGAGCCAUCAACUGCUUUUCUUACAACUCGGAACAGAGUCUUAGUCCAGAAGUUGGGGGCAUUCUUUUAACAAGCUGCUUGGUUCAUUUUUUGGUUCCAUCCUCGGUUCUUCUAUUUGGCUCCUUUUACAAGGGCUUUCACUCCUGGGAGCGAAGAAAGGCUGUGGAUGCAAAUAUAAGUUUCUCAAGACGUUUAGCUCGCCUGUUGACCAAUACUUCAUCAGCGCUUUUCAUUUUGUACGGGACGUUAGUCGUCGAAGUAACGCUGUAUUUUACGGAAGUGAAUCAAGCAGUGCAAUCUAGUAUGCAUAUGUGUAGAGUAAAUUGUCUCUAUGAAGAGUUGUUUCUCCUACUUUCGAUGUUCCCAGUCAGUUUGUUCGCCAAGUCUUUGAAGCAGAACGAAGGAACUCGAGAUAUUCUUUUCUGA